AUGUUUCUUGACCGCCGGAUGACGCUCAUUGCACGGGACUCAUGAUGAUCCAGUGGCGAGCGUUAUUAUCCACUCCCAGCACAAGGACACUUCAGUGACGUCAGCUCGAGCGAGAAGGAAGCGGAGCGCUCGCUGGAAGCUGUCACACACAGGAGUUGUGGCGAAAGCAAGAGAAACCCUUUCCGCACGUGCGUACCCAACUGUUGCGCUACCCGGACAAACGACAAGGCAGAAAAACAACGUUAUAUUUAUCUGACAGCAACUUCCACAUACUCUACGGGGAAUUAUUCUCUCCUCUUUCUGCGAUGGCUGAUGUCAUACAAAGCAACGAGCAGUCCACAUCUGACGUUGCAAAUCGAUUCGCACGUAAAGGUGCUUUGAGGCAGAAAAACGUCCAUGAAGUGAAAAACCACAAAUUUAUUGCGAGGUUUUUCAAGCAGCCGACUUUCUGCAGUCACUGCACUGAAUUUAUUUGGGGGUUUGGAAAGCAAGGCUUUCAGUGCCAAGUGUGCUGCUUUGUGGUCCAUAAACGUUGCCAUGAAUUUGUCACAUUCUCAUGCCCUGGAGCUGAUAAAGGGCCAGACACAGAUGACCCUAGGAGCAAGCACAAAUUUAAGAUCCACACUUAUGGCAGUCCCACAUUCUGUGACCACUGUGGAUCUCUUCUAUAUGGACUCAUACACCAAGGAAUGAAAUGUGACUCCUGUGAUAUGAAUGUCCAUAAGCAGUGUGUGAUGAACGUGCCAAGCCUUUGUGGAAUGGACCACACAGAGAGACGAGGACGUCUUUACUUGAAGAUUGAGGUGAUAGAAGACAAAAUGCGUGUCACAGUGGGGGAAGGCAAGAAUAUGAUUCCAAUGGACCCAAAUGGAUUGUCUGAUCCAUAUGUAAAACUCAAGCUGAUUCCAGACCCUAAAAAUGAGACAAAACAGAAAACGAAAACCAUCCGUUCUACUCUGAAUCCGGCUUGGAACGAGUCAUUUACAUUUAAGCUGAAGCCAACAGAUAAGGACCGUCGGCUGUCUGUGGAGGUGUGGGACUGGGACAGAACCACCCGUAAUGAUUUCAUGGGCUCAAUGUCUUUCGGUGUGUCUGAGCUCAUGAAAUCCCCAGUGUGUGGAUGGUUUAAAAUUUUAAACCAGGAUGAGGGGGAGUACUACAAUGUGCCAAUUCCAGAUGAAGAUGAUGAGGAUACUGAGCUCCGACAGAAGUUUGAGGAUCAGACAAUAGAGGGCCUUGAGCAGAAAGCCAAAUUGGGUCCAUCCAAAAGAGCCACCACCCCUCUGGACGACAGUGGGUCCACUUUACCCUCAAGCAGUUUGGACACAGUUAGACUCACAGACUUUAAUUUCUUGGCAGUAUUGGGAAAAGGCAGUUUUGGAAAGGUGAUGCUGGCUGAGAUGAAGUCUACUGGUGAACUAUAUGCUAUAAAGAUCCUGAAGAAGGAUGUGGUCAUCCAGGAUGAUGAUGUUGAAUGCACCAUGGUGGAGAAGCGGGUUCUGGCUCAGCAGGACAAACCUCCAUUCCUCACCCAGCUUCACUCCUGCUUUCAGACUGUGGAUCGUCUGUAUUUCGUGAUGGAGUAUGUUAAUGGUGGUGAUCUGAUGUACCACAUCCAGCAAGUAGGCAAAUUUAAGGAGCCACAAGCAGUGUUCUAUGCUGCAGAGAUUGCUGUUGGACUUUUUUUCUUGCACAAGAAAGGAAUCAUAUACAGGGAUCUGAAAUUAGAUAAUGUCAUGCUGGAUGCAGAGGGUCAUAUUAAGAUUGCAGACUUCGGUAUGUGCAAGGAGAACAUUGUGGAAGGUGUGACCACCCGUACAUUUUGUGGAACGCCAGACUACAUCGCUCCAGAGAUCAUAGCAUAUCAGCCGUAUGGCCGUUCUGUGGACUGGUGGGCUUAUGGAGUGCUGCUGUACGAGAUGCUGGCGGGACAGCCUCCAUUUGAUGGUGAGGAUGAAGACGAACUUUUUCAGUCCAUCAUGGAGCACAAUGUCUCCUACCCUAAAUCCAUGUCCAAAGAAGCAGUUUCCAUCUGCAAAGGGAUGAUGACAAAACACUCUUCAAAGCGUCUGGGCUGCAGCCCAGAGGGGGAAAGAGAUAUUAGGGAACAUGCUUUCUUCCGCCGGAUUGACUGGGAACGUCUGGAAAACAGAGAAAUACAGCCUCCAUUCAAACCCAAAGUGUGCGGAAAGGGGGCAGAGAACUUUGACAAGUUCUUCACACGCACACAGCCACAACUGACCCCUCCUGACGAGCUGGUUAUCGCCAACAUCGACCAGGCUGAAUUUGAUGGAUUUUCCUUCAUCAAUCCUCAAUUCAUCCAUCCCUCCAUCAUCAACAGUGAAUAAAAUGGAAAAAAGAGGGAAUGAAUGUGAAUCUACCUACAACCCCAAAGCUCUGCCCUUGCCUUUACCCUUUUAUCUAACAAAUGUUAAAUCAAAACCACAACUCAACGUCUUAAAUCAAAUCAUGUCCAGGUUUUGUGUUUGUUUUUUGUUUCUUUUUAUCUAGUAAUUCUUCACUUUUUCACAUCAUUUCAAUGUAGGCCAGUCAAAGAGUUUACCUUAAUGAUUGAAAACAGAUUGAAAGAUUUUUUUUAACACUUAAACUCUGGUUAGGAAGGGCUGUUUACAUUACAAACUGUUUGUUUGACUUUGUGCAGACCAGUAUUUAAAAGUAUAUAUAAAAAGGCCAUCUUAUCUCAAGCCCCUGGUGGCUGACACAGCAUGAUUUUGCCACAUCUUCCCAAAGCCGAAUAACAGAAAUAGAGUUGUGUGCUUCCUAAGACUUCCUAAGUCUUCCCAUUCAGGAUUUCUAAAGGUAAUCGCCAAAGCCAAUGGGGUUUCUGCCUUCCCCUUAGCACUGUACCAAUUUAUCUUUUUACAGAUUUAUUUUGGUGUCAGUUUAAGUACUCACUUUUUGGAAUCGCCAGUGUUUUUUCAGUGUUAGUGUCGUUAAAUAUUUUAAAUAAAAUACUAAACAUCUCUCAGUGUAAUAUUUGCACAUAUUUCAGGUAUGACAUGACAACUUGGCUCUCCAGUUUGACACUUGUUUGCAUUUUAUUUUUGUUCUAUGGCAAAAAUAAGGGUGCCAAGAGUUUUUACAAUCCACAAUCGGAGCUUUGGAUGCAUGACAUGUUUAAUGUUUCAAGGUUUCAUUUCAUUUAUUUUAUUUUGUGUGUCUGUGUGCAUUUAGAAUGGUUUUAUUUAACAGUAAACACAUAAACACUUUUAACCAUAAAAAAUGACAGAAUAAUAAUGGUAUUACCUCAUUAUCCCUUUAAUUCACCAAAUGUUUUUAAAAUAUCCUCUAUUUUGCCAUAGCAGAAAAUAUCCUGGGAACAUGAGAAAAUGUUGUGUGUAUGUGUGUGUUUUGUUUGGAUAAUGAGAGAUAUUAUGAGAGGCAGAAAUAUUUAAGUGUUGGCAUUUAUGUCAAGCUCUAAUUAUGUUGUUCUCAAAUUCUCAUUGUCUGCAUACAAGUAAAUAUUGAACAGUAAAUGUUAAUCUCUGCUAUACCUGCAGAAUAACCCUUACAUCAUGUUUGGAUUUAACACAAUUGACGAUAAAAUGUAACAUCGUUAUGUCAUAUUUAUCUUCUGCUUCAAUAUUUUGGUUAUACUUAAUAAAACAUGCUAUUUUAACAGUAUAAGAACCUUUUUAAACUAAUUAAAUGUGAUUUUGUUAAAUUACAAAGGUGAAAUUUCUGUGACACUAGCAAAAUUACAACUGAGGGAAAAAAUGAAAGCAAGUUUGCAUUAACUCUUAAGGAAAUAGUUCAAAAAUGGAAAUACUGUCAUUAUAUACUCACCCUCAAGUUGUUCCGAACAUGUAUGAGUUUCUUAAUUCUGUUGAACACAAAAGAAGAUAAUCUGAAGAAUGUUGGCAAGCAAACUGUUUUUUUUCCCUCAUAAUAUGGAAGUCUACUGGCAUCUGUUUGGUUACCAGCAUGAAUAAAUGGCAGAAUUUUCAUUUUGGGUGAACUAUCCCUUAACCCUAAAAUGGAGGUACAAUUGUUAGUUGGUUUAAUGUUUUUAGUUACUUUAAUAGUCCACAUUUCAACUAUCAUUGUCCCUUUUAAAUGUGUAAUUUUGUAUUAACCACAUCAUUACACAGUCAGCUACUAUAAUGCUAUUCUUCAGGUAGAUAUUUGUGUAAUUGUUGUUAUCAUUGGUGUGUACUGUUGUAGACAUUGUAAUAUGACCUUGUACUUUGCAUAAUGAAAUCCUUUACAAAUGUG